CAAACUAAUACUUCAUCUAAUCUUGUUUAGAAGCAAUAAGAGCAAGAAACAUGGCCAAAUCUGUUAAUUCUAACCGCGUUUAUGAAGAUUACGAUCCUCCAUCUGAUUUAGUUACUGAAGAAGGAAGCGACACCAUCCUCGUUUAUCUCCCUGGAUACAGAAAGGAGCAAUUAAGAGUUCAAUUAACUACAUCACGCAUUCUAAAGAUAAGUGGAGAACGUCCAAUUGGUGAGAACAAAUGGAGACGUUUUAACAAGGAAUUUGGUGUUCCAUCCAACUGUGACACCAAAGAGAUCACUGCUAAGUUUGAGGGUGGCAUUCUUUACAUUAGGCAACCAAAAGUGAUCACCCCUCAAGCUCUGCCUUUGCCUCUGCCUCAACCCCCGCAACAAGAGCUUCCACCACCAAUGCCUCAACCGCGACAAGAGGUUCCACCACCAAUGCCUCAACCGCAACAAGAGGUUCCACCAACGCGGCCUCCUCAACCGCAACAACAACAGGAGGAGAAGAUGGAGAAGUGUGAAUAUCCUAAGAAAGAUGAGGGAGGAAAAGAUAAAUGUGAAUUCAUACCAAGGCCAAAACAAGUUGUUGGUAAAACAAGCCUCUUUAACGAGCUAAUAAGGCCAGAAAAUUUUAAGAGGCUGCUUGUUUGUGUUAUACUGGUGCUCAGCUUUGGGUUCUACAUGAAGUAUAUGUUUAGUACAUUAACAGAUGAUGUAAAAGAGUUGUGAUUUCCAUGAAUAUACCCAAUAAUGUUGUGUCAAAAACAAUCAAGGCCAAGGGAGUGAAGAAGAUGUAAAUAUCAUGUAGUAUAUUCUAUGACUUGAACUGUAAAUAGCAUUCAAUAUUGCAAUUUCAAUUGAUGGAAUUUUAUAUUAUGGGUUCAUGACUCAUGUUAA